UAUGUUUAUUUCCGGUGUAGAUCCACGUGUUGUUUUGCGUUGGAUAAAAAUGUCAUCAAAAACUAAAUCUAAGCGUGCUCCUGAUAAGUUUGGGUUUGUGGACAAAGGAGCUGAUGAAAGUGACUCGUCAGAAUCUGAGGAGAGUGUUUACUCUGGACUGGAAGAAGAGCCAGACUCGAGUGAGGAAGAACAGGGUUCAGACCAGUCUGAUGUUGAAGGUGUUGAUGAUGAUGAAGAUGACUCAGACGAUGACAAUGGGAAUUCAGACGAUGACUUUGAAAAGGGAAUUGAAUUAAGUUCAGAACAAAUGAAGGAGUUGUCUACAGCCAGUGAUGAUGAAUCUGGUGACCAAAAAUAUACAGGGAAUGUCAAAUCCUCAAAUCGUCGUCAACUCAAACAACAGCCUGUCAAAAUGGCAGACAGACCAGACGAAUAUGAUUACGAUUCUUCUGAUGAAGAGGAUAUUAGGAAUACAGUGGGGAAUAUUCCUCUGGAGUGGUACAGAGAGUAUCCACACAUUGGAUAUGACAUAGAGGGAAAUCGUCUCCUGAAACCAAAAAAGGGGGAUCAAUUAGAUGAAUUCCUCAAUAAAAUGGACAACCCAAACUACUGGCGAACAGUAACAAACAAAAUGACGGGACAAAAUGUUGUUCUCGGAAAAGAGGACCUGAAUCUGAUACAAAAUCUACAGGGCAGUAAACAUCCAGACUCGACAGCAGAGAAUUACGAGCCCUGGAUAGAUUUUUUCACACAUGAGACAAUGAUUCACCCAGUUACAAACCAUCCACAACACAAGAGAAGUUUUAUUCCCUCUAAGUGGGAAAAACUCAAGGUAGGACAAAUGGUGCAUGCUCUUAAAAUGGGUUGGAUGAAACUAACAAAACCCAAGACAGAGGAAGAAGAGGAACAGAAUUUUUAUAUGCUCUGGAAGGAUGACGAAGAGCCUGAAAUAACCAGAAGAUACAGGGCUCAUUUACCAGCCCCCAAAGUCCCCCUCCCUGGUCACGCAGAGUCUUACAACCCCCCACCAGAGUACUUACUGAGCAAGGAGGAGGAGGAGAAGUGGUCAAACAUGGAGCCAGAGGAGAGAAGAAUGAACUUUUUACCACAGAAGUACAAUAGCUUACGACUCGUACCUGCAUACAAACGCUUCAUUAAUGAGAGAUUUGAAAGAUGCCUUGAUUUGUACCUGUGUCCCCGCAAACCAAAAGUUAAGAUGAACAUUAAUCCUGAAGAUUUGAUUCCUAAAUUACCAAAACCAAGAGAUCUUCAGCCAUUUCCCACUUCCCAAGUAAUUGUAUUUAGAGGUCACGAUGACAUUGUACGGACAAUUUCUGUGGACCCAACUGGACAGUGGCUAGUGUCAGGAAGUGAUGAUGGAACAGUGAGAUUCUGGGAAGUGUCGACGGGUCGAUGUAUGAAGUAUGUUUCCAUGGAGAAAGAAAAUAUAGGAAACUCUAGCUGUGUUAAAUGUGUGGCCUGGAACCCAAAUCCUGAUGUCAGCCUUGUUGCCGUGGCUGUGGGACUAAGUGUGCUUCUAAUUAAUCCUGGAUUGGGAGACAAAAUGGUGACCAUUAACACGGACAAUGUAAUCAACUCACCUCCAGCUUCUGAGGAGGACACAACAGGUAAAAAACUGUAUGUGAAUUGGUCUGUCAUUGACCCCUCAGACAAGAGAUAUGAGAAGGGAGUCAGAUUUACUCUCCAACAUGCAAAGGAAGUAUCCCAGGUCACAUGGCAUGGAAGAGGAGAUUACUUUGCCUCAGUUAUGCCAAAAGGAGACAGUCAGUCAGUGCUCAUACAUCAGCUCUCACGACGUCGGUCACAGAAUCCAUUUACAAAAUCUAAAGGUCUGGUUCAGUGUGUCCUUUUCCACCCUGUCAGGCCAUUCCUGUUUGUUGCGACACAGCGCUAUGUUAGAGUGUAUAAUUUACUGAAACAAGAGUUAUCAAAGAAACUGAUGACCAACUGUAAAUGGGUGUCCAGUAUGACUGUCCACUCAGGAGGAGACAAUGUUAUAGUAGGAAGUUAUGAUUGUCGUCUCUCAUGGUUUGACCUUGACCUUUCCAUGAAACCUUACCAAACACUCAGGCACCAUAAGCGGGCUAUCCGAGCUGUUAACUUCCACAGGAAAUACCCACUGUUUGCCUCGGCUUCUGACGAUGGAACGGUCAUUGUGUGUCAUGGAAUGGUGUACAAUGACUUGUUGAAGAAUCCUCUGAUUGUGCCUGUGAAGAUUCUAAAGGGUCACUCCAUUUCCCAGGGUCUGGGAGUCUUAGACUGUGUGUUCCACCCCAGCCAGCCCUGGGUUUUCUCCUGUGGGGCAGAUACAACCAUCAGACUGUUUACGUGACCCUCCCUAGUCUGGGUCAUUCCUGGUGGGGAGUCCCUCAGCUGUUAUAGGAGUAUUGUGCUCCAGAAAAGACUGUGUGACACAAUGAAGAUAAAUCAUGAAUGAAACGUUGUAGAGAGACAUCAUAGAGAUACUUCUGAAUGAUAUCUCAGAUACUUCUUACAUGGUUUUUGCAUUUCAUUUUUGUGGAAUGAGACUAUAU